GAAGAUUGGUAGGGGGGUUGGAGGUGCGUCAAAGCAUCCCCAUAAGAGAGAGCCACGGAAAGUUAGGAGCGCCGAUAUAGUGGCUGAGCCGAGGAAAACGCUGGAAAAUGUCAUAGUCCUCGAGGACGGUACAGUUUCGAGUAAUACCUCUCUUCUCCUUGAUUCUCUCUCCAUUUUCCCUUUCCCUCCAUUUUCUCCCGCCUCGCCCCGUCACUCUACCGUACCGAAACUCCCUCCGUCACAUCGUCAAAGCCUAGAAUUCGUCCUCGGUACAGUGAAUCGAUAAAUUGUAAGUGAUAGUGCGCGAAUUGGUGAUUACGCGAUCAAGCCAAAAUGUCGGUGAAGAUGAUGAUGUACAAGCAGGCCGAGUUCGAGGACGAGGAGAACAGCAGCAUCGGCUCUGUCGCUUUGAACAGCGAGGGUAUCAGCACUUCGGCGACGCACAUCAGAUACAAUUCGGGAUUCUCGCUGUGGAGAGCUAGAAGUCCACUCGAAAGAUGUCUCUUCAUCAUUUGCGCGGGAUUUUUAUUGAUGGUCGUGAUGCUGUCGAUAGUCAUCAGCAGCAAGAAUAGCUGGGACGAGGCACAAAUACUUCAUGUCACCUCGCACGGAGAAAAUGGUACACCCUGUUUAACUGAACACUGUGUCACGGUAGCCGCCUCCAUUAUAAAUAGCAUAGAUCCUUCGGUCGAUCCGUGUGACGAUUUUUAUGAAUAUGCGUGUGGUGGUUGGAUCAAGAAAAACCCCAUACCAGAGGGAAACAGCAUGUGGGGAACGUUCGAUAAGUUCGAGCAAGACAAUCAGCUGGUUAUAAAGAAUGUUCUUGGAAAACCGUUCGAAGAAAUGAAGUCAAAGGCCGAGAAGAAAGCAAAAUAUUACUUUCUCUCCUGUAUGGACGCGAAUGAUACAAUCGAAACACUUGGCGCGAAACCGAUGCUGGAUUUAUUGGAUUCUAUCGGUGGCUGGAACAUUUCUGGGAAAUUCAAUGUUAGCCAGUGGUCCUUGCAGAAUACUAUGCAUAUUCUGCAAAAUGUUUAUAACAUGGAUGGUUUGUUUGCAUGGGCGGUAAACGAAGAUGAUCGGAAUAGCAGCAGACACAUUAUACAGAUCGAUCAAGGAGGUUUAACGCUGCCAACCACCGACAACUACCUAAACGUCACUAGUAAUAAAGUGUUGGCCGCUUACUUGGAAUACAUGACGAAGAUAGGCGUGCUGCUAGGUGGAAAGGAAAAUUCGACAAGGAAACAGAUGGACGAUGUGAUAAAGUUCGAGACGGAGUUGGCGAGUAUUAUGACACCACUGGAGGAUCGCCGGGACAAAGAGAAGCUUUACAAUUUGAUGUCUUUGAAGGAAUUGCAACGUAAAGCGCCUUUCAUAUCUUGGUUGGACUAUUUUCAAAAUGCAACGGGGCUCGUUAACAUAAAGAUGACCAACGAAACAACGAUCGUGAACAAUGCUCCAGAAUAUUUCGUCAAAUUGUCCAAGCUGGUAUUAGACUACAACAAAACGAACGAUAAGAAAGUGAUACUGAAUAAUUAUCUGGUUUGGCAAACCGUGAGAACUCUAACCGCCUGCCUGUCAAAACCGUUUCGCGACGCUUACAAGGGCCUCAGGAAAGCUUUGAUCGGCUCGGAGGGCCGCGAGGAGCAAUGGCGUUAUUGCGUCAGCGAUACGCAUAAUGCGAUGGGUUUUGCAAUUGGUGCGAUGUUCGUUAGAGAAGUUUUCCAUGGAAAGAGCAAACCCAUGGCGGAGAAGAUGAUCGAUCAAGUGCGCAAAGCUUUUACCAAGAACUUGAAAAACCUCGAUUGGAUGGACGCGGAGACGAGGAGGGCAGCCGAAGAGAAAGCGAAUGCGAUCACCGAUAUGGUCGGGUUUCCGAAUUUCAUCUUGAAACCGAACGAACUCGACGAACGUUACAAUGAUCUAACAAUAAAGAAGAACGAGUAUUUUCAAAACAACAUACGGGUGAACAAGUAUAAUUUGCGAAAAAAUCUAGAGAAGCUCAAUCAGCCUGUGAAUAAAACUACUUGGAUAAUGACGCCUCCCACAGUGAACGCUUAUUACUGGCCUACGAAAAAUCAAAUGGUUUUUCCCGCUGGUAUCCUACAGAGUCCGUUCUAUGAUAUAGAGAAUCCUAAUAGUUUGAAUUUUGGUGGUAUAGGCGUUGUCAUGGGGCAUGAAUUGACUCACGCAUUCGACGACCAAGGAAGGGAAUACGAUUUGCAUGGAAACUUGAAUCAAUGGUGGAAUAACGCUACGAUAGAGAGAUUUAAAAACAGAACUGAGUGUUUCGUUGAACAGUACGGCAAUUUUGAAAUACAUAGUCGACGCGUGAAUGGACGGCAAACAUUGGGAGAAAAUAUUGCAGAUAAUGGUGGUCUCAAAGCAGCGUUUCAUGCGUAUCUUUCAACGCCUAUGAGCUACAAGGAUCAAUUACCUCUGCCUGGUCUUAAUUUGACACAUCGACAAUUAUUCUUCCUAAAUUUCGCCCAGGUUUGGUGUUCCUCUGUAAUGUCCGAGGCAAUAGCUCUUCAAAUCAAGAAAGAUUCCCAUUGUCCGCCAAAAUAUAGAGUGAUAGGGUCACUCUCAAAUCUACCGGAGUUUGCAACUGAGUUUAACUGUCCCGAAGGAUCGCGAAUGAAUCCGGUUCACAAAUGUGAAGUGUGGUAAUGCGUCUUUCUCUUGGAUUGUCUGUGUGGAACUUGUAUCGUUCAAUUUCAUUGCCGGUAUCUUACGGAACGAGUCAUUGCAAAAAUUCAGAUCGCUUCGCGCUUCUAUCUCCAGAGCAACGAGCGUCACUGUUUUCGAUCUUUUUCACUUUUAUUUGACCGUUGCGAGUAGAAAGUAACGUAAACGAGAAGAAGCAAACUAGCGAUCUUUUACAAAUGAUCGUGUACGCACAUGGGAUACGCGAAGCCUGAAUAUUCCACGAAUGAAAGAAACGAGAGAUAGAAGCGACGAGCGCAACGAAUCCCGUUGCGACCAUGUGAUUUUAUCCAGUGUGAAAUGUUAAACGUCCAUUUGCUGAUUCGCACUGCUGAUUUAUUCAAAGGCAUCAGAAUCAUAAGGAGAAUUGAAUCUGCGCGAGUUCAAGUGUGUGUUUCAGCGAACGUCGAACGAGUUAUAUGUAAUUUCAAUAGGAUCGGAUCAACUUUUGAGAUUUCGUAAUUCGGAUAAAUCAAACAUCGAUCGAAGGUCGGCUUACACGCGUUCAGUGUUGUAUCGAUUCUUUUUUUUUUUUUUUUUUUUUUUUUUUUUUUUCGUUCAAAAUAAUCGAUAAGGCCAGUUCUGGAGCCAGACCACGGAAUCGUUGAAUUUCCUUACACCACUAUAUAUUCGAAACGCGCCAUACAACGCGUCGAUGUAAAUUCACUGUGGUUCAUCGUGAUCACUGGGGACGAUUUAAUCCAUCGAACCAAUCGACCGACCAACUUCUGAUCGUCGUUUUACCCGUAAACAAAAGCGCGCACUUCUACGUGAUAAGUGAUUUUUCACUUUUAUACUUGAAAUCAUUAUUAUCCGUUCGAAUCGUACGAUUCGAGUACACGUUAAAGACGUUGACGCUGCAUACAUAACACGUUUAACAACGCUUGUAUAUAUCUGCAGAGUAUAAAGGCACAUUCAUAUUUCUCCAUCCAGUUGACACAGUGCAUUCGUUCCUACAAGCAACGAGAAGAAACAGAUCAGCAGCAAUUUAAAAAAAGAAAAAAAAAGAAGAAAAAAAGAGAGUAAAAAGAUGUGCAGUUGUAAAAACAAAGAAAUAGUUUAUUCAGUUGGGAUUUUUUUCUGUUCUGUUCCAUUUGUGCUGAAGCAGCGAUUCUCACCGAUCUCGAUGAGCCAUGGCGAUUAUAAACGGCAUAUUGCUGUGAUUUCUGCAGGCAGGAAGUUAAGCUCUAGCAAUAAGCUUAAGAAAUUUAAUUUUCUAAACAAACUACAUGCUAUACAGUUAUAUAUAGGAUAGAAACGGUAUGUCGAGCCAAGGAGUGCAAUUCAAAAUGUUUCUACGGACGUUCGAGCAAGUAUUUUUAAAUGCGUUUAAAAGUAUAUUCGAUAAUUAAAUGAAUCAGAAGUCUCUUUCAUUAAAACAAUCUGAAAUAAAUAUGGAUAAAAUUUGUGGAAGAAGUUAGAAGAAACAGAAGAUUUAUUGAUAAAAUAGGCAUUUAAAAUCUUGAAUACUUGAGCCUGAUAUUUGAAAAUAAUAAGAACAGAAUCAAAAGUGAAAUCGUCCAAGCACAAAUUUAUUGGAAGAUCUAAAUAUUUAUCUUUAUAAAUAAUAUAUCUCGAAGAUUCAUUUUUGUUGUUCUUUCAACCAUCGAACGAACGUUCGUGAUUAACAAAAGAAAGAUGAUCGUCGAAAAAUAUUGUAUAUUUCAUGCUCGACUAAUUUCCUUUCUUCAUUCGAUGACGAAUGAAAUGUAAAGUUGAUGACAGUCGUCUGUUAUCUUUUACGUACAUUACAUACUUUACAAAGAAGUGCAAGAAUGAUCGGGAAAACAAUUUCGUGCGUUGAACAAGAAAUGUUUCGAAAUUAACAAUUGUGCCGGGCGUUCUAAUAUUGUAUAAUGUUCGAAAACAUAUCUUUCUUAACGACGCACGUGUAAAUCAAAUAAAGGAUAAAUUAAAUAAUAA